UCCAGCCCAGCCCUCUGUCAGCCCUGGACUCGCUCUUUGCUCUGUUCCCCACUUUAAUAAUGGGACAGUCCUAGAUAUCAGGAGAUUCAGGCACUGGGGCAAAGGCUGGUGACUAAGGUGGGAGCUGCUCCUGGAAAACCUGUUCGAAAACUGCAAGGGGCAGAGAGAAAAUCCUGACCCUUGAUCUGCUCUGACAUCUGCCACCAGGCCUUUUAAGGAGGUCGUCUUGUCAUCUUCCUGCCCCAAGCCCCUGUUUCAACAACUCCCAGGCAGGAGAGUCUGCGGUCUCCCUUGGAGCCUGGCUGUUCUCCUCGCACCAGCUGCUCCAGCGUUUGCUGUGGGCCUCACUGUAACCUGGCUGAUACAGAUAGGUGCUCUUGUUGCUGGAUUUCAGUCUCACCCUGGGUUCCAGUCUCUGAUUCUUUGAGGGAGAGGCCUUAGAGGUAGGCUAGUGCUGGUAGUGGUCAGAGCAGGUCUGACUCCCUGAGGAAUGAGAUCUUCCCUUCUCCCUCUGCAGAGCUGCACACCGUGAUGGAGACCCCUCUGGAGAAGGCCCUGACCACUAUGGUAACCGUAUUUCACAAAUACUCAGGGAGAGAGGGUAGCAAGCUGACUUUGAGUAGGAAGGAACUCAAGGAGCUGAUCAAGCAAGAGCUGUGUCUUGGGGAGAUGAAGGAGAGCAGCAUCGAUGACUUGAUGAAGAGCCUGGACAAGAACAGUGACCAGGAGAUCGACUUCAAGGAGUACUCGGUGUUCCUGACCACGCUGUGCAUGGCCUACAACGACUUCUUCCUGGAGGACAACAAGUGACUCGGAUGCCCUACACCCUCACCCUGUGCCCCUUGCCGCUGACCUUGGCUGCCCCUGUCACAGCCCCUCUUUGGUCCCCUGCCCUUCUCUUCCUCCCAGAUGGACCCUUCCACAGGAGGAAAUAAAGUUUCCAUCACAGGUGCUGGGA